GCAGACGUUAGCUAAAUGGCCACAAAAGGAAGAUUUGCAUCCCUCGAGGACGAAGAUAGUGAAAAUCUAUUAGAAAAUGUGGAUGCAAAAAAUACUAAGAGGCAAACCAACACAGCUCUUAAUAGUUUUCGUGAAUAUUUAACGGAGAAGAGCCUACCACUCGACUUUGAAUCUUAUGAAGAUGAACAAUUGGACGACGUUUUGGCUAAAUUUUAUAUGGAAAUGCGCAACAAAAAUGGUGAUAUGUACAAAAAGUCAACCAUGCAGUCGUACCGUUAAGGUUUGCAACGUCACUUGUCCAAAAAAAGGGAUAUUGACAUACUCAAAGGUGACAAUUUCAAGAAGUCAAAAAAAGCAUAUCAAUGUAUGACAAAGGAGCUAAAAAGACUUGGUCUGGCAGCUGUGGAGCACUAUCCAGCAAUUGCUGAUGUUGAUAUGGAAAAGAUGUACAUGUUUUUCUGUACAGAUUUGGAAAGUCCAAAAAUGCUCCAGUACAAGGUAUUUGUGGACAUAAUGAUGUAUUUCGGUCGUAGAGGCAGGGAGAACCUGGCUACCUUGACAAGACAGGACUUUGCAGUACAACCAGAUCCAGAGGGUACACUUUAUGUUUAUAAAACCCAUGAUGAACUAACAAAAAAUCAUCAGACAGAUAGUGAAAAGUCUUCUGAUGGUAGGAUGUAUGAAAUCAAAGGUAGUGACCGAUGUCCAGUACGGUCGUUUGUAAAAUAUAUCCGCCGUCUCAAUCCACAGUGUAAUAAACUUUUUCAACAGCCAAAAUCAGCAGCUAAAGAGGGGAUAUAUUAUGACAACAUUCCCCUUGGACAUAACAAUCUCGGCAACUACAUGAAUGAGAUAAGCAAGGCAGCCAAUCUUUCAAGAGAGUAUACCAACCAUUCUUGUAGGGCUACAACUGUCCACAUUUUGGAUGAAGCACAAAUUCCCAGUAGACACAUUAUGAGUGUCACUGGUCAUAAAUCAGAGGCAUCCUUAAAGACAUAUAGCGGUAAAACGUGUGAAAAAACAAAAAAAGUGAUGUCAGAGACAUUAAGUGAAAAAACACUAUGCAAAACAUCUAAAGUUACAAAACCGGCCACUUUGUCGUCAAAUAUUGAUUAUUUGUGUCUUUCACAAACAAGUGUGACCGUUGAAACUGAAGCAAUAUCAACUGCCUCAUUUGGCUCUUUCAAUUUACAGCCAUUGUCCGACUCCCAAACUCAAAACCUCAUUAAUGAUAUCAUUCCUGAAUUAGCAGCUGAUCAUCAUGAUGAUGGUAUGGAUGAUUUAUUGAAAUCCCUUGAAGUUCCAAGAUGUAUAAAAACAGUCAAACUCAGUUGA